CCCUCUUCUCCCUCCUCCUCCUCCUCCUCCUCCUCUUCUUCUCCUCCAGCCAUCGACGAAACUUCCAACAGUUUACAACCGUCGGAUUUAUGUUUUUUAUUUAGACCGGGAGUGGAAGCGGCUCACGCCGGCAUGUGAAGCUUCUCUGCGGCUGAAACUCGAGACGUUAAAGCGGGGAGAUGAGCUCCAGCUCCGCGGUUCUCCUCUAGAGCUUCUCCGUUCUCCUGCUUCUCCUCCUGAAGUGUGCCUGUCGAUUCAAUCAUGGCUCGUGGUUGCAUCUGCUGCGUUAAAUACAUGCUCUUCCUCUUCAACCUGCUCUUCUGGCUUGGCGGGUGUGGAUUGCUCGGCGUCGGCGUGUGGCUGUCGGUCUCUCAGGGCAGCUUCGCCACGCUGUCGCCCUCUUUCCCGUCGCUCUCCGCCGCCAACCUCAUCAUCAGCCUCGGCACCGUCGUCAUGGUGACGGGCUUUCUGGGUUGCCUGGGCGCCAUCAAGGAGAACAAGUGCCUGCUGCUGAGCUUUUUCAUCGUUCUCUUAAUCAUCCUCUUGGCCGAACUCAUCCUCCUCAUCCUGUUCUUUGUCUACACCGACAAGGUGAGUGAAAAUGCCAAACGCGACCUGAAAGAAGGGCUGGUGCUGUACAACACAGAUAACAAUGCCGGCCUGAGGGACGCGUGGAACACCAUACAGGGAGAGUGGCGAUGUUGUGGCGUGAUGAACCACAAUGACUGGUACCUGGCCCUGCAUGAUAACGUGGUUCCUGACCGCUGCUGCCAGCAGUUUUACCAGGGCUGUGGACACAACGCCUCCAAUGUCUUCUGGACACGGGGUUGUUACGAGAAGGUGGAAGAGUGGCUGGACGACAACAAACACCUUCUCGGGACCAUCGCCAUGUGUGUGUUGGUCAUACAGCUCCUUGGUAUGGCCUUCUCCAUGACGCUUUACCAACAGAUCCACCGAGCGGGGAAGAAAUACGAAGCCUGAGUGGAUUAACGAGGUUCAUAUUCUUCUGCCUAAUCCCACAUAUCUGUUACCUUCACCUUUGUGUUUAUAGUAAACAAAAAUAAGCCAGUUAUCGUGUGCCACUACAGCCUUUUAUCUCACAUUUCUUCAUUUAUUGUUGUGAAUAGCAUUUGAACUAGUUUUACUCCGUGUUUUUUCUUGUAAAAAAAUAUAUGUGAUUAGGAAAGAAGAAGUGAAGAGACGAGGUGUUUAUAGCCAUGCCUGUGGAAAAAUAUAACAUAUGGAUCCGAUAGAUAAAACAAGCAUUGUAUACUAACACGUUCAAUAAAAGCACUCUUCACAGAUUG